AUGAGGGACGUCCUGCUCGAGUCCCGGCUUUUAUACCCGCCCCCGAGCGGACCCUUCGGUAACGCGUCGAGCAGCGGUCGUUUCGCGGGACCCAUUUUUUUCUCCUUCGACGGGAAGGACCUCCGGACGAUGGAUCGCGAUGCGGCGCCGAAGGACGGCUAUCUAAAGGUGAAUCUCGAGGGCGAGGCGGGCCGGGUGGACGUGAACCUGCCGCAGCAUCAUCCCAUCCCGGACAUCAACAUCACGGGCAUCUCGACCGCUCGCCCGCCUCCGUCCCCGCAGCAACCGCCGCCAGCGCCGUCAGCGCCCGCACCCCAACCAGCGCCGGCGCCAGCGCCGCCUACGGAGCGCCGGGAGUCCCCCCGCAGGGCCAGGAGCCCGUCCGUGCGGGCGUCUUCGGCGUCCGACGGGAUGUCCGCUCACGGGUUCGGCAUAGACGAGCUGGUGAACCCUCGGAAGCGGCGGAGCCCGGCGCCGGAACGCGACGACGGGCGCUCCGGGGGGCAGAGGGGGCGCAGGGAGCGGGAGCGGUCCAGGUCCGUCUCCUCCCGCAGCUAUGCGUCCGGACGGUCCAGCCACCAUGCGAGCCGCGGGAAGGCCACGCGCGACGCCCAGAAGCCCUCUCCCGGCUUCGCGACCCUCAAGGAGGAGAAGCUGCACAUCCUGCUCGCGCUCAGGCGUCUGAAGGAGGAGGGCGUGAGGGGCAUCACGGACUUCGAUCAGGACGGGGACAUCAAGGAGAUGCGCAUCGAGCUCCGGGCCUUCGAGGACGACGAGACGGUCCGCACGGGGAUCCAGAGCUGCCGCACGGCUCUCGUGACCUUCUCCACGGGCCUGGAGGUGGCGAACACCAAGUACAACCCGUUCGACCUGGACAUGAGGGGCUUCAGCGAGUCCGUCUUCGAGCGGAUCGAGAGGUACGAUGGGGUGUUCGAGAGGCUCGUCCGCAAGUGGAGCAAGCGGGCGUCCAGCAUGUCCCCCGAGAUGAUGCUGCUGAUGAUGUUCGUGGGGAACGCCGCGGCUUUCUGCUUCACCAAGUCCAUGAUGACCCCCGAGACGGCAUCCAGGGUGGUCGCGGACAACCCCGACGUCAUAAAGGAGAUGAUCGACCGGCGCGUGAAGGAGGAGAUGGCCAGGGCGAAGGAGGAUGAAGCGCGGGCGCGGGAGAAGGACUCGUUCCGCUUCUUCGACCCGCCCCGCCCCACGCGCGGGAGUUCCCCGCCCCCGCCGGCCCAGAAGGCCGAGAUCGGCGUCCCCGCCGCCGGCACGGAGAAGCGGAAGAGGGGCCCCGCGCCGCGUGGCGAGCCGGCCCGACGACGCCGCGAUGAUGCGAGCACGUCCGCCAGCAGCGAGUCCGGCGACGCGGAGUGGUCCCGCGGGGGGAACCAGCGACGGAGGUACGACAGCGAGCCGAGCGUCUCGUCCAUGGACACGGUCGAGGAGAGCAUCGCCACCACGGGCCCCCGCCCCACGACGGUCACUGCCAAGGCCACGGUCAAGAAGGUCCCGGUCGGCAAGGCGGGAGCCGGGGCCAAGAGGAAGGUCGUGGAGAUAGAGAUCUGA